GUUGGCGGAUUGCACACACUGAGAUUCUCAAAAUCAUUAUUUUUGUUUUCCCAUGUUUCUGUCACUCACUCACUCUUAGCAUACAUGUGCUGUCUGCAACGAAGUCAAAAACGAUGCCGAUAUAAAGUUUCUAUCCGAGUCUGAUUCACUUGUUCUUCUCAAGUUGAAGAAGGAUGGGCAGCCUCCUCUUCUUCUUCAUCCUUCUACUUUCACUUGUUCCUCGGUCUCACUCUUUCUAUGGCGAUGUAGCUCGGGAUUUUAAGAACAAGGAAGAUACACUGGAAGUAAAGGUUAAUAAGCUAUCAUCCAUCAAGACACUGCUUCCCUAUGACUACUAUUUCCUUGGUUACUGCAAGCCUCCAGUAAUCACCAAUAGUGCUUUAAGCCUUGGAGAAGUUCUUCGAGGUGACCGCAUCAAGAAUUCAAUCUAUACUCUUAAGAUGAGAGAGGCAGAAUACUGCAAAGUCGCAUGCCGUGUGAAACUGGAUGCUAAUUCUGCCAAAAAGUUUAAGGAGAAAAUCGAUGAUCAAUAUGUAGUUAAUAUGAUUCUUGAUAAUCUUCCUGCUGUAGUUACAUUCGAAGCUAGUGACUGGAAUGGGAAUAAAUCAAAGAUACUUGUAACAGCACUCCCAGUUGGGCGGAUGGGAUAUGCCACCGAAGGUAAUGAGGAAAGACAUUUCAUUUACAACCACCUGAGAUUCAACGUCAUGUACCAUAUGGAUCCAGAGACCAAGUUUUCUCGUAUUGUUGGUUUUGAGAUUACACCAUACAGUGUUAAUCAUAAGUACAAAAAGUGGGAAGAUGAGAAAACUGAGUUGAUCACCUGCACAACCAAUUCUGACCUUUUAAUUAGCAAUUUACCGCAAGAGGUUGAUACUGAUAAAGAAGUUGUCUUCACAUACGACGUAGUGUUCGAGUCCAGUGAUGUCAAGUGGGAAUCGCGUUGGGACUCAUACCUCUCCAGGGGUACUGGUAAUCAAAUCCAUUGGUUAUCUAUGUUCAACUCAUUGUGGACUCUGCUCCUUCUUUCUGGAGUAGUAGCCAUGGUUGUUGUGCGAACUCUUUACAAGGAUAUCAACAGCUACUCUCAGUUGGAGACCGAAGAUGAGGCUCAGGAACUAACAGGAUGGAAACUAGUCCAUGGAGAUGUUUUCAGGCCACCCCCCAAUGCUAAUUUAUUGUGUGUUUGUGUUGGCAAUGGUGUCCAAGUCCUUGGGAUGAUGCUCAUCACGAUCAUUUUUGGUUUGCUUGGUUUCCUUUCACCUUCGAACAGAGGUGGGUUGAUCACAGCAAUGGUUCUUUUGUGGAUGUUCAUGGGCUUAUUUGCAGGAUACUCCUCAGCACGGCUGUACAAGAUGUUUAAACGCACGCAGUGGAAGAAGAUUGCAUUAAAAACAGCCUUUAUGUUCCCUGCUACAUUUUUCGUAAUAUUCUUCGUGUUGAAUGCCUUCAUUUGGGAGGAAAAAUCCUCCGGUGCACUGCCAUUUGGGACAAUGUUUUCUCUGCUGCUCUUGUGGUUUGGGAUAUCGGCGCCAUUGGUUUUCUUAGGCAGUUACUUCGGAUUCAAAAGGUCACCAAUUGAUGAUCCUGUCAAAACUAAUGAAAUUCCAAGACAGAUUCCUGAGCGACCAUGGCACAACAUAAAGCUGCUCUUGUCUAUGCUCUUCGGAGGCAUUCUACCACUUAAUGCAGUGCUCACUGAGUUCCUCUCCAUCUGGACAUCUAUAUGGCCGGACCAAUACUCUUUCGGGUUCCUCUUUGUUUGA